AAAAGGGCGCUGCGUUCAGGCUCGCUGGUAACUUCCCGCUCCCUCCCCUCCCUCCCAUACACACCACACAUACUUGUAUUUUGCGCUGUCGUAAAACCCACGUGUCCAGCCGGAGUCUGCCAGAGCCGAGCAAAGAGCCCGGGGGCGACCGCGAUGCGCAGCCACGGCAGAGGGAGCCCGGCGGCUCGGAGCUAGCCGGCCCGCCGGUCCCCGGCACCUGGAAGAGGACCGCCCCGCUUCCCCGUGGACAAAGACCAAAGAGAAGCUUCUCUCAACCCUCCUCCGGCUCGAAGGCUCCCGGGGCUGCCUACACCUCCGCACGCCGACCGCGCAGCAGCCGCUCGGGCGCACCCCGCUCAGGCAGCGCGAUGCUGAAGCCCGGCGACCCCGGCGGAUCCGCGUUCCUGAAGGUGGAUCCCGCCUAUCUGCAGCACUGGCAGCAGCUUUUCCCGCAGAGCAGCCAGCUCAAGACCAGCGGGGCCCUCGCCCAGCUCCAGCCGCCUGAGAGAGCCGAGCCUCCGGCUGACAGCCUCCGCCAGCGCCCGGCCUCCCUCUCCUCCGCCUCCUCCUCCUCUUCCUCGUCCACUCCGUCUUCCUCCUCCACCUCCUCCUGCGUCGCCGCGGCGGCCGCUUCCCUGGCCGGCCUGACCUCCCUGCCCGUGACCCAGCUCCCGGUCUUCGGGCCGCUGCAGAGCUCCGAGCCCCCGGCCGGGGGAGCGCCCGCUCCCCUGCAGGGCAAGGACUUGUGCGGGGCCGGCGGCGGCGGCGGCGGCGGCAAAUGCGGGGAGCGCGGCGCCGCUCGGUUCCGGUGCACGGCCGAGGAGCUGGACUACUACCUGUACGGGCAGCAGCGCAUGGAGAUCAUCCCCUUGAAUCAGCACACCAGUGACCCCAACAACCGAUGUGACAUGUGUGCUGAUAACCGCAACGGCGAGUGCCCCAUGCAUGGGCCCCUCCACUCCCUGCGCCGUCUGGUGGGCACCAGCAGUGCUGCUGCAGCAGCCCCUCCACCUGAGAUCCCAGAGUGGCUCCGGGACCUGCCCCGGGAAGUGUGCCUAUGCACCAGCACAGUGCCUGGCCUGGCCUACGGCAUUUGUGCGGCACAGCGGAUCCAACAGGGCACCUGGAUCGGGCCCUUCCAGGGAGUCCUGCUCUUGCCAGAGAAGGUUCAAGCAGGAGCCAUCAGGAACACUCAGCAUCUCUGGGAAAUAUAUGACCAAGACGGGACACUGCAGCACUUUAUUGAUGGUGGAGAACCCAGUAAGUCAAGCUGGAUGAGGUAUAUCCGAUGUGCAAGGCACUGCGGGGAGCAGAACUUAACAGUGGUUCAGUACAGGUCAAAUAUAUUCUACCGGGCUUGUAUAGAUAUCCCCAGGGGCACCGAGUUGUUGGUGUGGUACAAUGAUAGCUACACAUCUUUCUUUGGAAUCCCUCUCCAGUGCAUUGCACAAGAUGAAAAUUUGAAUGUCCCUUCGACUGUAAUGGAGGCCAUGUCCAGACAAGACACCCUACAGCCAUUUAAUAAAAGUAGCAAACUAUCCCCUGCCACUCCACAGCGAUCCAUAGUAUUUCCACAGACUCCGUGUAGCAGAAAUUUUUCUCUCCUGGAUAAGUCUGGGUCCAUCGAGUCAGGAUUUAACCAGAUCAGUGUCAAAAACCAACGAGUUCUUGCAAGCCCAACUUCAACAAGCCAACUAAAUUCUGAGUUCAGUGACUGGCAUCUUUGGAAAUGUGGGCAAUGCUUUAAGACUUUCACCCAGCGGAUCCUCUUACAGAUGCAUGUGUGUACGCAGAACCCUGACAGGCCCUACCAGUGUGGUCACUGCUCCCAGUCUUUCUCCCAACCUUCGGAGCUGAGGAACCACGUAGUUACACACUCCAGCGACAGGCCUUUCAAGUGUGGCUACUGCGGUCGUGCCUUUGCUGGUGCCACAACGCUCAACAAUCACAUCCGGACACACACCGGGGAAAAGCCCUUCAAGUGCGAGAGGUGUGAGAGGAGCUUCACACAAGCCACCCAGCUGAGUCGACACCAGAGGAUGCCCAAUGAGUGCAAGCCAAUAACAGAGAGCACAGAAUCAAUUGAAGUGGAUUAACUGAUUGACUGGUUGGAAUUAAACUGCAAGGAAAGUCAUGAUUAAAUGUCACGGACACUUAAGCAAAACCAAAGAUUUCCUCUGAGCAACUUUCAAUCAGUCCCAGAAAACCAAAAGCAGUAAUAAAAUAAGUAAGAUGUUAAGAGAUAUUGAUCCUGGCGUGGAAGUGAGACCAGGAAAGAGAUUAUUUAUUUAUGACUAGGGAUGAGUCUUAUUUCAAUUGACAAGUUACUUGGGACUGUUAACAUUUCAAGUCCCGCCAUGUAUUGCUUUAAUUCUAAAAGCCUUUAUAAUCGUUAUUUAAUGCCAAAGUGAGGAAUCUCAAGGGUUCUUCUGCCCGUAGUUAUGACUGAGAAUGCACAUGGACUUGUUUAUUGUUGCACCUUUUUUUGUAGCAUGACUCAAAGAACCCAGAUGUAAUCCGUACAUUUGGUUGGGCUGGGCUAAGUUGAUCUUGACAUGGCUGUAAUAGAAAUUGCUAUGUGGGAUGGGAAGUGAUCAAGAGCUAUACCUGGGUCAGUGUCAGCCUCCUCAGACCAAAGGGCAUUUCAUUUCCAUAGUCUCAUGCCUCACACUGUGUGUACUUUUUCAUGCAAGUAGUUUCAUUCAACAGAAUUGUGUUGGCAUAGCUAUUCUGGAAAAAAAAAGAAAAAAAAAAGGGAAAAAAAAGGAAUGUUGUAUAUCUGCAUAUAUACAUUAUAUAAAGAAGCCAGUAGGAAAACUAUGUUAAACAUUAGUUUAGAGCUCUCAAAUUCAGUCUAAUAGCUAUGAAAGACAGAGGCAGUAGAAAGUAUUUUAAAGAUUCCAGUCUACGUGUAAAUCAUAUUAUGAGGAGCAAAAAACCAAGAUAAUGUUUUUUAGUUUGGGUGAUUGAUUUAAUGGCUUGCUGAUUUCUAGGAAAACUGAUCAGAAAUCCAAGCUGUAGUCCAUUGAUAUUUUUACUCUCUUGGUUUGGAUCAAAUUGAAAAUGCUCCUGUAUUAGAUAAAACUUUCAACAUACUUGGGCUGAGCUUCAAAACAAAAGCUAAAUCUGAGCUCAGAUACUUUUUAAAUGGCUUGGAGGCUUCAUAGUGUUCACUUCAUGGAAAUUUGCCUGGUACAGUCAUGAAUGAAAGGAAGCCAAAAUAUUCCCAACAUCAAUGUAAAAAGGUCAGAUGCCAUUACAUUAGUUCAAUUUAACAAUUUACAUAUUGGCUUUUUUGAAGCUUUUAUCCUUGAUGUAUUUCAGAUUUCAUGAUUUUGUCUAAUCAAGGAAUGGGUUUCACUUUUAGAGACCAGCAGUGUUUGUUUAUAUAUUGAUUGUCUCAGUGCUAGAGCUGUAGUUUGAUAAAAAUGUAAAAAAAAAAAAAAAAAAAAACACCAAAAAAACCAAACAAACCCCCCCCCCCCCCAACACACCAAAAAAACCAAACAAAAAAACCCCCACCAACAACAAGAAGAAGCAAAACCGAAACAGUUCUGAGGUCAUGCUAUAUCAUAAGGUAAAACUGCAAAAUAAAUUUGUGGAGAUUAUGGGGAUUAAAACAGAUUCAUUCAGUUUUGCACAAAAACUGAAGUGCUGGGUAGCUCAUAAGGGCUCAGUUGAUUAUAUUAAAUAUUUUAAAAACAUUUAUGGGGAUGAUUUUAAAUAUGUAGAGAAUUAUGUAUCCAAUUCUGUAAAGGGCUAGACAGAAUCAGCUACAAAUUUAAUAAUAGGUUCAGACCAUUUAUGAAUUCUGCAGAGCUCAAGCAGAAAAAGAGCAUACAAUAGAACUCAAAUACAUUUUAAAGGAAUUUAAAAGCUAAGACAUCCUUACUUCAGGAUGUUCAUUUAUUGUGUUGCAGAAAUUACACUGCAGAAUCUGGAGUUUCCAAAGCUUUGCAGGGAAUUCCUUCAGGAGUUACUGUAUUUGUGUUUGGCCAUUAAAAAUGUAAAACAUUGUGGAAAAAAAAGUUUUUUUAUCAUUGUUCUAGCAAGUACCAGAUUAUCUCAUAAACAGGCUUUGGCCCUGUGAGUUUUUCAGCUCUGUUUGUCAGUGCAGAGAUAUGGGGAGUGGGCAAUUCUGUUGUCAGUUGCCUGAUUUUAUUCUCCAAACUAUGAGAGAUUCUUAGCUACUAUAUAAAUGUGUUUGUUUGUUUGCUUGUUUGUUUGUUUGUGUUUUUUUUAGGUUCAAAGAAGCAUGGGAAGCUGGGUAGGAAGAAUUGUAACUUAAAGGUGACUAUUUGAACAUUGGUUUGUUCCUAGCAAGGCUAAUCAAACAGAAAAAACCAAAAUCUAAUCCCAAACCUUUCAGACCCUCAUGCCUGGUAGUUCAGACUUUCCCUUAUUUAAAAGGCUUAAUGUGAAGUAACAUCUUGGUGGGGCACCAGCUUGUAGUUAACAUUUGAACAGCAGCUGUAGAUCACUUCUGCAAACAAAUAGAUAGUCUCACCAAAGGAAAAAAAAAAAAAAGUCAGAAAUUUAUAAAUAGAGUAAGUGGGAAAAGAGAUAUGUCAUGCUCUGACAAGCAAAUGUGAGCUAUCUGUUAGAUCACUGACUUGUGCUGUUGCAUUAUCUAACUGUGCUCUCCUGUUCAGGGGUGUGGUUAUUGGUAGUGCAGAACACUCAGCCUCUUGCAGACAGGGAUUUAUAUUUGAAUUCUAUAAUGCAAAUAGAAUGUAAGUAUGUGCUAUAGUAUUGCAAGUUCCCUGCUGAAUAUAGAUAGGCUUACUCAUAUGUUUUAAUUAAACAUGUGUCUAAAUAUUCUCCUGAAUGGGCAUGAAAUAAAGAUCAAUUAUUUCAAGAUUUUACUGGAUU